AAAAUUUACUCAAAUUAAUUCUGAAUAAGUGAUACAUAUCAUAUAAAUUGAAUAAAGGAAGUAGCUUUUUUGUUUUCUUCUCUCUUACUGUGCUCAUCAGUUUUUGCUGUGAUGCAUCUUUGGCAAGUGUCAGCAAUAUCAGCUGUAGUCUCAGAAGCUGAACCACUCUCUCAUUUCUGUAUAGUAAAUUCUGGGUUGGUUUAGUUGCAGGUUUUGCUUUUUCCUUUUCCUUCCAUGUGAAGUCAAGAAAUGCAGCUUCAUCUAUUCUCUGCCACCCCUCUUUCUCUCUCAGGAAAAGGAAAAGAGGAUGAAAUAAAGAAGAAAGAAGGGUCACCACCUUGCAUAGAGCUGUCUUUAGGCUAUGGAAGUUCAAGCCAUGUUGUUGAGGAAGAUGAAAAAGAUUCCAAAUCCUCUAACUCUCUGUUCACAGCAGCUCAGUUUCAAGAACUUCAACUCCAAGCUGUGAUUUUUAAGUAUUUAGUUUCUGGUCUUCCAGUUCCUUUUCAUCUGUUUUUCAUCAUUUGGAAUAGUGUUUCAAGCUCCUUGGGUGACGGGGGAAUCUACAAACUAUAUCCUACCUUGGGGAGAUUUGAUUAUACGAGCAUGACGGAUCCUGAACCAGGAAGGUGUAGAAGAACUGAUGGGAAGAAAUGGAGGUGCAAAAGGGAUGUGAUUCCAGGUCAGAAGUACUGUGGGCAGCAUGUGCAUCGAGGUCGACGUUCAAGAAAGCCUGUGGAAUCUUCUGAACAUGAUAUGAGAUCAGAUGAUACAAAUAUCAUUUCCAAGAUAACUAAACUGUAUGCCAGUUCCGAUGACCCUGGCAGCAAAUGUGCUCCUGCAAGUAGUAAAACAUCCUGUUUGUCUUCUACUAGCAGAAGUAACCAAUACAACGGCAUCGAGGACUCAUCUGUUAAACUAAGAUUCAUCAAUUCUGGCAACGGCAGUGAGAAGCAAGACAACUACAUGAUUUGCAAUAGAAAGGACAUCACAACGUCCGUAAGAACCCCAUCUUUCAUUUCUGGUGACAAUGCUGAUAGUAAGAACAUUGAUUUCAAUCGUAUUAGUCCCAGCAAAACCAACCAAAAACAGAAUUGCGGAGAAGCUAGGAAGCAUGGUGCUUUGGUUCCAAUUUUUGGUCUAUCUACAAAGAGUGACCUGCAACACUCUAUAGGCUCAGAAGCUGACCAACAGAGGUGCCGAAGAUCAGAUGGAAAGAAAUGGAGAUGCAGCAAGACUGUUGUUCCUUGUCAAAAGUACUGUGAGACUCACAUGCACAGGGGAGCCAACAGAAAAAGGGUAGCCUCUGUUUCGGUUGUUGUUCCACCUUCUAAACCUCCUUCAUACAGGUUUUGCCCACCCGAAAAUGAUGAUACUCGAAGAAACUUGAACACCAGUCUCUCCAUUUACACAAUCCCAGGGCGCCAAAACAUUACAGAUGAUGAUUCUAACAGUAACAGUAUUAGUGAUGCCACCACUAUCACCGAUGAAAUACCAGCAUUUGUGUCGCAUUAGUAGAUAAUCGUGGAAACUUUGUGUUGUUGGUGUUCUUUUUGGGAAGAUGUGUGAACUUAGAGAGUACUUGAGAAGUGUCCAUCAAGAUGAUUUUGUGGCCGUGUACAAGUCCUUAGCUAGUUUGUAAAUCUUUUAGGAUUGAAAAUUCUGUUUUGUAAUAGGUUUGAUGAGAUGAUAGACAUGUACUUUUUCCUACUGUAUCUCUGGGCUAAUUGAUGACUAUUUUUGUUACAAGAAAGUGCUUGCUAAAUGAUUUUAAACAAAAAAAAGUUGAAAGGAAUCAGAGUCUACC